GAGAGAGAGAGAGAGAGGCUUCUGAGUUCUCUGUUUUCCCAGCAAAAUCCUCAUGCUUUGAUAACCUCUGGUUCAAAAUUUCCCGGCGAUAAUUACCGGUCAAUUUUUCGCCGGGUUUUUGCCUUUUCUAUUGCUUUUGCGGUUGAUCGCUGGAUCUUCCUCACCAUUGGCGUCUACAAAGUGUCUUUUUGAUGUUUCUCUCUCUACCCAAUUCAAAUUUUCGACGGAGAAUGGCUUCUCUAUUGGGUUUUUCCUCCUGCUAAUUUCCCUCUCUAGUUUUGUUUUGGGGUUGUUGGGUAAUUGUCACCUGAUUUUAUUUGAUUUUCCAUUUGGGUUUUCUGUGUCCUCCAUUGAUGGUGUGAGUAUUGGGGUGAAAUGGAUAAGAGGGUAAUGGAGUCGGGGCUUCCUCAACCUGAUUUUCCUGUGAAAAAGCUUGCUCGCCAGCUUGAUUUCACAGCUUUUUGUAGCACUUCAGCGCCUGUAACGGACAUUAUUUCGAGGCCGACUCUUCCUUUACAGAAGCCGGAAUCUCCAAGAGCUCCUCCAAGACCGCGGACUCCUUUUGAUGCAAAAGAUUGUACUCCAAAGAAACCAAAACAGUGCAACUGUAAAAACUCCAAAUGCUUGAAGUUGUAUUGCGAGUGCUUUGCCUCCGGAGUAUAUUGCGAUGGAUGCAAUUGUGUCAAUUGUUGCAAUAAUCCUGAGAAUGAAGCUACAAGGCAUGAGGCAGUUGAGGCUACAUUGGAGCGUAAUCCAAAUGCCUUUCGUCCAAAGAUCGCUAGUAGCCCUAAUGCUCCUCGGGAUAGUAGGGAGGAAUUGGGGGAGCUGCCUAUGGUGGGGAAGCACAACAAAGGAUGUCACUGCAAGAAAUCAGGAUGCCUCAAGAAAUAUUGUGAAUGCUUCCAAGCUAAUAUCCUUUGCUCUGAUAAUUGCAAGUGCAUGGACUGCAAGAACUAUGAAGGCAGUGAAGAAAGGAGAGCUCUCUUCCAAGUAGACCAAGGAAUGCAUAUGACCUAUCUCCAGCAGGCAGCCAAUGCUGCUAUAACGGGAGCUAUUGGAUCCUCUGGUUAUGCUUCUCCCCCAAUUAACAAGAAGAGAAAAAACCAAGAAAUUUUCUUUGGCCCAGGGCCACCUGUCAAAGAUCAGGGUGUUCAUAGGCUUGGACCGAUACCCCAGACAAACCAUAUAAAAACUACUUCUGCAACUUCAUCCUCUGUGGCCCCUGUUCCUGUAUUUAAAGUUGCUCCUCCUGCAGUUACAGCACCAUCAAAAUUUACCUUCAGGUCUCUAUUAGCAGAUGUGGUUCAACCAGAAUAUGUGACUGAGUUUUGCAAACUUUUGACGAUGGUAUCGGUUGAGACUGCUAAAGCUUUUGCAGUGGAUAAUGCCACCAAGGAAAAAGAAAUCGAAAGGAUCAAAUCCGACCAACCAGAAAACCCCACAAAUUCAGCACCAUCCCAAAACCCUGAUAAUGGUCCAAAACCAUUGGAUGAUCGGAAGCCGACAGAUGAACGAUCAAGCACAAACCAAGCUGUGAAAACCAACGGUGAAGAUUCGAGUAGCUCAGAUGCUGGCGAAGGCCAAAAAGGGAGACCCAUGUCACCAAGCACUCUUGCUCUCAUGUGUGAUGAACAAGACACACUCUUUAGUGCAGCAGCCUCCCCUUCGGGGGCCAACCCUAAGCGGUUCCCUUACAGCCAGGGUUCGACCGAGCUAUAUGGUGACCAAGAGAUGAUGGUUUUGACAGAGUUUCGGGAUUGUCUUCGAAAGCUUGUCACUGUUGGUAGAAUGAAAGAAGCACAAUUCUCGACAUACGCCACAAAAAUUGAGACACCAGCAAGCCAUCAAGAACCCGAUGGAAAUGGGCCAGUCCAGGCUCCGGAAGCCGCCCAAAGACUGGGAGAACCCACAAUUCAGGCAACUCCUUUGGCCCGAAAUUCAACUCAUUUUGCUAGCAAUUCUUCUCAUUUUAGUGGAAAUUCAGUUCCUGCUACUAGUUCGAACCCCACGCUAACCACAAAUGUGGGGGACCCAGUUGUGAAUGGUGAGAACAAGGCUCAAGCCUCCAAUAAGUAGAGAGAUAGAGGGCAAUGAGCUUCAGGUGUAUCUCUCUCUCUCUCUGCAUCUGUGGUUUCGUGCUCUCCAUUGUAAUUUGAGCCGGCGGCAAUAGAUGAGGUCGGAGAUAAAAAAUGGUAGAAGGUAUUCCGAACUCGUUCUUGGUCGCCGAUCAAGCCAAUUUUUUUUCUCUUUCUUUUUUCCAUUAUUGUGUAUCUAUAUUGCUUUUAUUACAUUUCUGGCUUAAAUAUGAGGGCGUGCUUCUCUGCGGCAGAAUUUUAUGAUUCA